AAAUUAGCUACAUUAAAACCGUGGGUGAAGUACUGAUUUGAUGAAGUCUCCGAAGGAGAAAACGAGAAGUAACAAAAAUGUCGUCUUUUCAGCUUCACCUUGCCCGGUACGGCCACUUACCAUGUCCCCUCCCAAAUCUCUCGCCACUUGCGACCUUUUCAAAGUUUCAUCACUCACUUGCAGCCCCAACACAGAAGAAUGGUUGCACGAAAGGGAUGUCUCCGCCGAGCGCAAAGCGGCGGCCGAUGUCAUCAAGCAAGAUUACCUUCCACCGUGCAAUUUCAGCCUCGCUCGAUUUAACUGAAGACAAUAUCAAGCAGGUCUUGGUUGAUGCUCGGACAGAGCUUGCUCAACUGUUUGAUACCUCAGUUGGGAUAACAGGAAAAGUAGAACUGGCAGAAGUAGAUGGACCGUACGUGAAGAUUAGUCUGAGUGGCAAGUUUUGGCAUAAACGUUCCACUGUUGUAGCUAGGAUUGGAAAUUACCUAAAGCAAAGAAUCCCUGAAAUCCUAGAGGUUGAUAUAGAAGAUGAGCAGCAGCUGGAUGAUAGCCCUGAAAACUUUUGAUUCUCUUUGAGCUGAGGCAGCACUGACCCUUCCCAGUGGCAUCCCAUCAAACUGAACCACCUACUUGAACUUCCAAAGCUUUGAAAUAUUGCGUAAAUGUUAUAUCAUCGUCAUCUUUUACUUUGUUUAGGGACAUCACAACAUUACUAGGGUUUUGGCCUCCCCACUUAAGAGACAGACUACCGGGUACCUCAUUUUCACGUCAUGGCAUGCUUUGGAGUGGGCUGUGGAGUGGUUUAUGGGGCAGGAGGCGAGAUUCUACUUUUGGAGCCAGUACAAUAGUAGCCGUGGAAUUAUGUAAUUAGAGUAUCAUCGAUGAACUCUUCUUAUCUUAGGUAAACCGGUAGAGCAGCAAUAUUGAAUGUAACAAUGCAAGUGUGAAGAUACCUAAUGUUGCAUUGAUUGUCCACUCUCGGUUCCUCAUGGUUAGUAUCAAACAGGUUUGGAGAAGGAUGUUACUUUUGGAAAUUCAUGAGGAGAAGGAUGUUUAAGCACAAAUUGAAGUGCUAGAAAUUAUAAGUCCAGGGAAUGUAGUGACAUCCCUUUAUAAUCUCAUUACGAAGGCACAUUGACAAAAAGUUGAGUUUAAAUGAAGUUGUGACUCAUUACCAAAAUUCUGCACUGUAUUAAAUAUGUCUGGUCUGUUAUGUUUAGGGACCAAGCAGUUCAAGUAAAAACAUCCUAAGCUCUAAAUUGAUACACCUUCAUUGAAGUAACAUGCUUUUGCAACAAGAGCUGUCCAAUUGGUCUGCUACCCACACUUAAGGGACCCGUUUGGUGACUGUGUUUCUACAUAUUAGUCAUUAGUCAUUUUUUUUUUACCAAAUACGUAACUUUUGAUUUCAC